AUGGGUAAUCAGUUCAGCAACAAAAAUAAGCCAAACCCUAGAGUACUUGAUAUUUAAGGUAGUAGAAGUUUUGGAGUCAAUCAUUCUAGGCAACCAUCAUUUUUCUUAUAAAAAAGAAGAUAUCUGUACAAAACUUCAAGGAGUAAUUAAUAAACAGCACUCAUGAACUUACUUACACGUUGCGGUAUGAAAGCGCAAAAAAGCAAUUGUAAAUUCUCUUAUUGAGUUCGGGUUUAAUAUUGAUGCACAAGAUGAUCAUGGAGAAACUCCUUUGCAUCUUGCUGCUAUCAGGAGAGAUUGUGAACUCUAUAAAAUGCUGCUAGAUGCAGGAGCAUUGGAAAAUAUCAGGAAUAAGGUAAGCUUAUAAUUAGAAUGGGAAAACACCUCAUGAUUAUUUAGAAGAAAAAGGUAUGGGAAUUAUUACACAAAGCCAUGGGGUCAAGGUUGUUACUGUUAAACUAGAAAAUAGUAUUAGCCAUCGUACAGAUAUUGGAGACUCCUAUUUAUAAUGCAUAAAUAAGAAUUAGUUAUUAGGAAAAAUAUUUAAUUAUAGUUAAUUUAAAAAUGUAUUCUUUUUUUAUAGAGGAUAAUAAAUGAGUGAUAA